AUGGUCCGAUUCGAUGGUCCGAUUCGAUGGUUCGAUUCGAUGGUUCGAUUCGAUGUGCGAUGUUUACAUCCUUCAUCCAGUGACCCACGCUCUAUCUCGGCACCUGCCCGAAUCCCCAAGGGUGAACCCUCAAGAGACUUUACCCGAAGUAAAACAGACAAUCGCAUAUCCGCAUUGGGGAACCACCAGAGAACACAUCCGGUUCACAAGGGACUUUGCCCGAAAACAAAGCAAACAGCCCCAAUCCUACGCUGUCCGCCGUUGGGCACAACCGUGCUUUUCCUCCCCUUGGAACACCAGGCUCCUCGGGAUACCCCCGCCGAAGCAAAAAUAGUAAAUGCUCCAUCCCCGCGUUCACCCAUGAAGCCGACCGAGAAAAUUAAUUGUACUAAUGCGCAUUUGCUUGUCGCGCUGCUUGGAACAUUGGAUUUGUUCCCGGGUGAAGAGAUAUUCGAGGUGAAAUGGAUGGGUGAAUUAGAAACCAAGUGGGAAACUAAACAAACUCUGUCCAAAUGGCCAGAAAAACUUGAUAAAUUCCUACGCAUCGAGCAGCUAAAAGCCAACAGCAAAAAUUAUCAUUUGCCUGUAGAUAUUCCACAAUGGGAAAUAACCUACAAGUGGAAACCCUUUACACAUGAACCAAUUGACACACCCUUUCAACGAAUAUGCGUACCCUUGAUUAGACAAAUAAUCGAAAAGAAUCGCAAAAUGUUAUCAAGUUCUCGUCGGGAAUACCAACAUCUUCAUCCUCAGAUGUACGAGGCGUUUUGUUUGGAGCGGAUAAAGACUCCAAAAGAGCAAAAAGAACAAGAAGGUAGAAUCGAGAGUGUAAAAUUUGUAGAGGAUAAAGUGUUUUGGGAGAAUUUGAAGAUGUUCUGA